AUGACUACGGAAGAGGAGGCUGACAAACCAGGCAACCUGGAUUCUUCUUCCCACAACACAGAGCACGACCAGACGCUACAUGAACAGAAGGAAGAAGAACAGCAGGAGAAUGAGGAGGAGUCGCAAUCCAUGUGGGCCGAUGCCAAGCAGUCUAUUGCCUAUCCAGCAGCAAAGAAUUGUAGGAAAAAUCAAUCAUUUGAAGUAGAAAUUCAUCAACUGAAUCAUCAGCCGCAAGAUACCGGUACCCAGGAAGACUCAUCAGCUUGUAGGGCGACUACAACCACCGCUUCAGAUGAUAAUAAUGACACCACUCAUCAAGGUACAAGUGCCAUUCUGACAGCAGAAAAAAGGCACAUUACCUAUCCCAGAAGGCACACAGCUCAUGCUCACGUCGCCGCCCCAUCAGCUCGGUCACAAGAGACCCAGGUAGCUUCAUCGACUUCUAGGGCAACUACAACCAUAGUUUCAGCUGAUGCCACUACACAAGGUACCAGCGACAUUCUGACAGCAGAAAAAAGGCACAUCUCCUAUCCCAGAAGCGACACAGCUCAUGGACGCGUAGCCUCUCCAUCAGCCGUAAGCACCACUGAGGAGCAAGAGGAACAAGUGGAGAGCCAUAUUGGCGGCAGUGGGGACACCCACAGAAUUGGACAAGCAGACAACAAUGUAUUUCAGGACAUUUAUGGAAUUAUGCCUUUGCCUCCAUUAGAACGGAGCACUGCCAACAGAAGGGACCAAGCACAGCCAGGAGCCUACGCAAGUGGAGAGUUUCAAGAAACCGAGGAAAAUUUGGAAACAGCAGAGAUGACACACAUCGAACCCACCACUACUGUACCACCUACGGUCGAACCAGAAAAUGAAAAUAGUGAAGCAGAGAAACAAGAAUGA